AUCUGUGUGUUUUGUUAACGAACCGGCCUUAACAUAAUGUUGCUAAUUCAACAACAACAGUUACGAGUCGAACGUUGCCAUUGAGUGAACUUAUAAGCGGAUACAAACAAAAGUAAAAUCGUCGAAAUUCAAACAAAUACAAUUAAUUAAAUAAUUAAUAAAUCAAAUUGAAUCGCAGCGCAGCGCAUACAAAAUAAAGUUUUGCAUAAAUUUCUGUAACGGAAUUUUAACAGUCAAAUAAAUGUAAUACAACAAGAGCGGAUAAAAAACAAUUUGCAUUUUUCAUACUUUUUAGGAUUCUAAUUCUAAAACAAAUUUACGAGAAUUUCUGUGUUUGGUGUUUGUGAGUGUGUGAAUAUUACAGAAUAAAGAAAAAUAAAAAAUAAAAUAACCUACCUAAAAUAUACAUAUUUACUAUUAUACAUACAAGUAUCAGCUUAACAAGAAUUAUUUGAUUAAUUAAUUUAACAAAACCAAAAAAAAAUUGUUGGAAAAUUCUUUAUUAAAACUAGAUUUUAAAAAAGAAAUUACCUUUAACCAAAAAAAGAAAAUAAAAGAAAGAUCUAUUGAAAAUAGAAAGAAAAUAAUUGCAAUCCACAAAUCGAACAAGUUCCAUCCAUACAAGUAUGAUGAUUGUAUGGUAGAAAAAAGAAGAAGAAGAAAAGAAAAUUGUAUCUCCCAGUCUCUUGGAGCAAGUGUCUACAUUUUUAUACAUUCCCUCCCAGCAAUCAUUUAACACGAAACAAGUGAAGUGGAUUUUGUUGAAAUAAUUAAAAUUUCAGAAAUUUAAAAAAUUAAAAAAAAUAAUAAUAAAUUUGAAAUAAUUUGCACUCACGCACAUUGCUGGCAGGAGAAUGUACCCGCGGAAUGCCAAACUAUGAUGAUGCACUGCAGCUGCGUAAAUUUCCACAGAGUUACGUUUCUCUAACCAGUAAAAAUAAGUGAAAUAAAACAAAACUUUUGCUUAUUAUUUUUCAUUUUUUGGCAAGAUACGUGUGCUCAAUCGAAAAUAAUUAUAAAAAUAACAACAAUACAAAUUAGAAAUUAUUCACCUUUUAGUGAAAAUUAAUUGAACGGUGAAAUAACAAGAAAAGAAAAUUCGUACGUGAGCUGGAGCCUUUGCCAACUAAUUAAAAAAAAUAACAAAACGAUUUUCUACUCCAGCAAACAAACAACUAAAAAUUACUUGACUAAACGCUUUGUACAUAAAUUAACAAAAAAUAAAAUAAAAAUAAAUAACUAAAUAAAUUUAUUUAUUUAAAUAACGAAUUAUAAGCAAAACCUAAAGGAAAACAUCGAAAGUAAAAAAUAAUUGAUUUUCUUUCAAGCAAGUGCAGCAACAUGUUCAUUAAUUUAUGUUGCAUGCAGCCGUUUAAAUGUUUUUCAAAAAUAUAGCAAAUCCGUUUCAAUCACACAAGAGCCAAGAAAAAGUUUUGUGAAAUUUUCUAUUAAAUAAAUACAAAUUAAAUCAUCCAGUUAGUCUAAACAGCCAAACAAAAUUCGUAUCAAUAUAUUAUUAGUGUUAAUAAAUUAAAUAAUUUUAAUUAUUAGUUUGAAAUAAUAAAACAAAUAAUUAAAGUCGAAAAUGUAUCGCCCAAAUUUCUAUGAAUCAACAUGUCUGCGUUGUAGUGAAACCGUUUAUCAGGUGGAUCGUGUUGGCCCGCUAAAGGAUUUUACAUUCUUUCAUUCGGGUUGUUUUAAAUGUGUACACUGCGGCACAAAAUUAACACUCAAAACAUACUAUAACAAUCAACAUAAGCAGGAUGAUAAGGAGGUAUAUUGCCAUUCACAUGUACCAAAGAGUGGACCUGGUCAUUUGGAUAACACAUCUGUGGGUAUAAGACAAGCUUUAAAUGCUCCACGUACAAAUAAAUUUGUUAAUGAACAAAUACGUGGUGCACGCUCCGAAGUUGAUGGAAGUUUCGGUUCAAGACAAUCAACACCAAAUGGUUAUGGCAGUCGUGAGGUGAGUUCGCCAUCACAAAACGAUUCCGAUUACAAAUAUGGACGAUUCGAUGCCAGUGCGCUACAUAUUGCACAUGCUCUCAAACAGACUGAAAUACAAAAGGCCUAUAAUAAGGCGAGAGAAAAACCAAUCGAUUUCUAUUUGGCUCGAGAGGAACAGGCACGACUCGAAAUGAAACAUCGCAAAGAGGAAGAUGAACUGUAUCGUCAAUUUGCACGCAAACGUGAGGAAGAAGAUCGCAAAAUACAAUCGGAAUUUCAAACAGAGUGGGAGCGCGAAUUACAAAGGCUGGCGCAUAAAUUUGAAAAGGAAUUGUCUACGUCGCGGCGUAAUCGCGAAGAGCAAAACAUCCUCACGCUGCGGCAUGAGCAACAAAAGGAGGACUUGGAGAAAAAUAUGACCUUAAGGCGUAGCAAAAAGAAGGAGAGUAUAACGCGUAAAAUGUUGGAACACGAACGUUAUGAAACAGCGGCUCUAGUCGAUCGUCAGUCUAGUGAAAUGUUAGAGUUGAUAAGUGCCCGUCGCUCGGAGUACAUGCAAAACGAAAGCAUCUUCUUGGAUGACGAGUUUAGCGAAGGUGUAACGCCCAUGGAAUAUCCAAUGUUAGCACCACUGCCUGCACCGCCAGCCGUUAGUAAAUUCCAAAUUUAUACGGAUCCCAUAGAAUUCGAGGAUGUUGAUCGCAUAGCCAUUUCCGUAGCCCAGGAAGAUCAAAAGACCUUUACCGAUUUGGUGCGACAAUUGGUGGGACGUUGUACCACCGACAUUGAAAAGGCCCGCACAAUAUUCCGCUGGAUAACGGUGAAAAACCUAAAUGCCAUGCAUUUCGAUGAUGAUUUGCGAGGUGACACGCCCAUGGGUCUAUUGCGUGGCAUUAAGUAUGGCACCGAAAGUUAUCAUGUGCUGUUCAAACGUCUUUGCAGUUAUGCGGGCUUGCAUUGUGUGGUCAUAAAGGGUUAUUCCAAGAGUGCCGGUUAUCAGCCGGGUGUUAAAUUCCAAGAUUCACGCUUCCGUAAUUCGUGGAAUGCAGUUUAUGUGGCAGGCGCCUGGCGUUUUGUUCAGUGUAACUGGGGUGCACGUCAUCUGGUCAAUGCUAAGGAGGCGCCCAAAACGGGUAGAGGAAAAAAUGAUAGUCUAAGGUUAUUCCCUAGGUAUGAAUAUGACGACCAUUAUUUCCUAACGGAUCCCCGUGAAUUCAUUUAUGAAUUCUUCCCCCUGCAAGAAGAAUGGCAGCUACUUAAGAGACCUAUUACACUGAGAGAAUUUGAAAAUUUACCAUUUGUGCGGUCAUUAUUCUUCCGUUACGGCUUGCAUUUUGCCGACGAAGGUUAUGGAGCAGUGGUGUUUACGGAUGAUACUGGAGCUGCCACAGUCCGCAUUGCAAUGCCAACUGAUAUGCAAAGUUGCCUGAUCUUCCACUACAAUUUGAAAUUCUAUGACAGUGAUGAGGAUUCUUAUGAUGCCGUUUCACUUAAACGUUUUGUCAUGCAAUCAGUUAUUGGUAAUAUUGUGGCCUUUAGGGUACAUGCACCCUGUUCGGGAGCCUUUCUGCUGGACAUUUUUGCCAAUGCCGUUACGCCUCAGGAGUAUUUGACGGGAGAGCCUAUGAAGUUUAAAUCUGUUUGCAAAUUUAAGAUAUGUUGUGAAGAAUUACAAACAGUUAUGGUACCUCUGCCAGAUUGUGCCAGUGGCGAAUGGGGUCCUACCAAAGCUACAAGACUUUUUGGCUUAAUACCCAUAACACAUCAGGAUCCUUUAAUAUUUGCUGGACGAAGUUUAGAUUUACAAUUCCGUAUGUCUCGUCCAUUAACUGAUUUUAUGGCAACUCUUCAUAAAAACGGCAUUGAAGAGAAAAAACUUUCCAAAUAUGUCACACAUAAUAUAUUGGAUGAUAUUGUUACGUUUAUUAUUAAUUUCCCGGAAGAAGGACAAUAUGGUUUGGAUAUAUACACACGUGAAUUGGGUGCACCACCGCAUCAUAGUCAUCACAAUAACUCCUCUUCAUCUUCUAGUGAAAAACAUUUGCUGACACAUUGUUGUAAAUAUUUAAUUAAUUCAUCGAAACGUAAUUAAUACAAUGAGUCUAUGAGAGAGUGUAGAAAGAGCGAGAGAGAGAGAAAAGUUAUUUGUUUUAUUUUUUUUUUUUGUUUGUUUGCUGUUUUUUAAUACAAAUUGAUUUCUGUUUUUAUUUUCCAUUAAUAUGAUACAUAUUUUGAUAUGAAACUAAAUCUGACAUUUGCAAUGCACUUUACAAGGGAAGCAGUGAUGGUCAGUCAGAUAGCAGUGCUUAAUAGCUAAAUUGUGUAAUGAGAUCAGGGGCCGAAUUACCGCACUCGUGAUCGAAUGAACUAUCGUAUCGAAAAAUAAUUACGAUAUCGUAAUUAUAAGAAAAUGUACUAAAUUUUAUGCUCGAUAUCGAAUGCCGUAAUCUCAAAUAAUAAAAUUACGAUCGAUUUUACUCGAUAUCGAAUACGGUAAUUAGGUCCCAGCUUUUCCUAGCAUGUUUGGUAUAAUUUAUUUAGUUGGGUAGAAUAGUAGACUGUCUUUGGUAGGUUUGAUCUUUAGGGUAAUUUUAAAAGUUUUCUUAAUGUUACAGUUUCUCAUACCCAAGUGAUUAAAUGUUGAAACCACUGAGCCAUGUGAGAUGCAUAUGGCUUCCACAAUCUUUCGCACUUUCAAUCUCCGAUCGGCCAAUACCAUAUCGUGAUUCAAUUGUUUCAGGUCUAGAGAUAUCAACUGUGCGUUCAGAACAACGAAAUUUAGUAAACCACUUUUUUAACAUUGAAAUUGAUGUUGCAAAGUUCCCACAGUAUUUAUCAAGCUCAGCCUUUAUUUGAAUGAUGUUUUUUUCCCCAAAAAAUAGAUUAAUAAGCAGACGAAAUUAACAUUUUUCCAAUUUCUUCUCAAGUCACGAGGUAGUCUGCUAUCAAUGGAUGUCAAAUUCAAACUAAAUGACGCAGCUUGUUAAAAUUUUGACAGGAGUCAACUGGCAGAUGCCUGUUGACAGGAGCACUGUUACCCUUCCAGUCAAGAACCGGAAUAUUCAAAAAGUCGAGGACCCACCCUCGUAUUAUGACUGAUAAUAAAAAUUAUUUUGGACAUUUUGAGUAUUUAAAUGUUUUAUUAGGCAGCCUAAUUAAAUUAUUCGUAUUUAAUGAAAAUAGCGGUUUAAAUUAUUUAAAAAAACAAAAGAUAACCAAAAAAUGUACGGAUUUGAAUGCAUUAAAUCAAAGUUAUCCUUAAAAUAUACUUUAUUUUAAGUCAGGCCAAAAUAAUUCGUUGGCAUCUAGAGGCCAGUAACUAUUACACACAGUCUCGUCCUCUACAUAUCCAUAUUUGACCAGAUUUUUCUGUUCUUCAUGAAAGUGGGCUCCUUCUCCCAUCUUGUCUUAGCAAUGAGAUAAAGUUUUCUUAUACAAUUUGUUGUUUAUUUUCCCCAUCGGCAAAACAUGUGAAAUUUAUGUUCCUAUGAAAUAUCCAUUUCCGUCGAAAGGAAAAUUGUUAUCAUGAUAUUCACAUGAACUUUUCAUUCACAAUAGUUGCGUUUGUUCGUUACAGAUGUUUAUUGUUUACAAAAUUCCAUCUAAAAAUUUCCCAUGUUGGGUACUUUUUGCACGUGAACAAAGUUGAUGAACGAAAAAUGGGAAAAGGGAACACUAACAUGUGAAAUAUUCACCCCUAUCGGAAAUAACAUGUGAAAUUUAUGUUCCCAUGAAAUAUUCAAUCCCGUCGAAGGGAAAAUUGCUAUCGUGAUAUUCCCAUGAACUUUUCAUUCACAAUAGUUAAUUUGUUCGUAACAGCUAUUUAUUGUUUACAAAAUUCCAUCUAAAAAAUUUCCCAUGUUGGGGAAUUUUUUCAUGUGAACAAAUUUGAUGAAUGAAUAAUGGGAAAAGGGAACACUUUUCAUGUGAAAAAUUGAUUUUCGAUGUGAUCAAAUAUCAGUAAAUAUGUGGAUAUCAUAAGGCCUGAAUCGAAAACGUUUAAAAUGUAACCCCUUCUAGGUCACCACGAUGUUAAAGUGUACCGGUCCCAAUCACCCAUGAACCUGUCAAGUGAAAAGUUUUGAAUCAGUUCCCUUCUCUUUAGGAUAGUUCGUAGGUUUUUAACUGAUUUGAUAGAUUUUGGCUAGAUCAAAUCUUUACCAGUAGCAAAUCUUUGUGGAAUAAAAAAAUCAUUGAAUAUUUGAAAUAUCUAAAGAACUAAUUAAAUUGUAACUGCCAUUUUGUUGCUCAUCAGUGUCCACUGCUCAUGUAAUUAUUAUGUGUAUCAGUAAAGUGCAUUGUUUAAUUUUUUCAUUUGUUUUGCUUAAAUUAUUUAUAUACACAAAUAAAUACACAAUUUUUAUAUGUAUAGUAUUAUAAAUGCUUGUUAAUUAUAUGCACAUAAAAAUAGUUUCCAAAAAAAAUUAAAGAGACUCUUACAGUAUAAUACAAAAGUAA